AUGGCUAGGAAGGGUAAAGCGACGGCAGCACAGAAGGGCAAGGCGGUUGCAGAUGAGGCAGCCAGCCAAGCCCCCAGACUUACCAGGGCUCGGACUUACACUGGAAUACAUAUUCGGUCCCAGAGUUCUCCUACUUCCCUAUCUACGGAAGGGCCCAGGGGGGCAUCUGAUCCAGCCCCAGCCCCAGCACCAAUACCGGUACCUCCAGUUCAUCAGCCGGAUGAGCAGAAUCAGGAGAUAAGAGAGAUGAAGGAUGCCAUACAAUUGCUAACUCAGAUACUUGCUGCCCAAGCUGGGCGACAGGAUAGGGGCCAUGAGUAUUCGAAUAGGGCCGCUAGUGCCAGGGCCCGAGACUUCCUUGCCCUAAACCCCCCAGAAUUCAAGGGCACGGACCCCAAUGCCGUCCCUCAGGAGUUCAUAGAUGGCAUGCAGCGUACUCUGGAUAUAAUGAGGGCAUCAGCUACAGAGUCUGUUCAGCUAGCUUCCUACAGGUUACAGAGCAUAGCAAUUAAUUGGUUUCAGUCAUGGAAGCUAUCGAGAGGCAGGGACACCCCUCCGCCGACUUGGCAGGAAUUCUCGGAUGCCUUCUUGCGUCAUCACAUGCCAACUGAGUUAAGGCGGGCAAGACUUGACAGAUUCCUUAACCUACGACAGGGUAACAUGUCCAUUAGAGAGUACAGUGUGGAGUUUGAUUCUCUAGCUAGAUAUGCCCCUGCUAUUGUGCAAAACAUGGAAGAUAGAAUUCACCGGUAUGUGAUGGGCUUAGAACCGGAGUGGCAGGAGGCUUGUAUGGCCGUGGAAAUGCAUCCGGGCAUGGAUAUAGCUCGUGUUCAGGCCUAUGCUCAGGGGUCAGAAGAUCGAAAGCGUCAGCGAGAGGCCACCUCAGAGCGGAGCGGUGGCCAGCCCAAGAGGGCCAGGGCAGAGCAUCAGAGUACAGGCCCCACCAGAGGCAGCAGACCCUAG